GUUUAGUUGGUUGCCUACUUGCCUUGGCCAACCACCGUUCCGUACGCACGGAAGAGGCAGCGCAUUCCACCUGCAUCCUGGACCGUUUACGCUGGAUAGGAAGAACAAGAGAAACCUUGCUAAGCAACUGAUCCUUGAAUUGUAGCAAAGCAAGCCGCCGGCCUUUCCUUCCUGUCAUUGUCUAUUCAUCACUUUGUAAAUGACCUAUUUCAACGGCGAACUCUGAGCAACUGUUACGGGCACCUGCUUACGCCGGUUAGGGCUGAACGCGUUUAUUGUCAAAGCAUACAUAGUGUAGUUACUUGUAAAGUAUAGCCCCACGCAAUGCAAAAUCCGGUUCUUAUUAUUGCGACUAGCGUGGCGGAGGGGAGCAUAGUGGCCUGUGACCUAAAAACGGGGGCUGCACUCAAGUCGUUCAAGGGUAAUGGGUCGCCACAGAACGGGCUAUGUACGCUUGGGCAUGACUACAUCGCGGCGGCGCAGACCAGCAAACACGCCCUGAACUUCUGGACGUGGAACCGGGAACAAAUCUUACAGCGGUCCUACGUCUCGGAGGCAAUCUUGGCUCUCACAGCAUCCCCCGACGGCAAGUACCUUGCCGGGGGGUCCAGCAGUGGGACCCUGUACCUCUGGGAGGUGGCCUCGGGGCGGUUGCUGCGCACAUGGGCAGCCCAUUACAAGGCCGCCACAGCGCUUCUCUUCGUGGGCGGUGCCUCCCUGCUCCUCAGCGGCGGCGAGGACACCUCGGUGUUCACCUGGCUGCUACCAGACCUGCUGGACCCCUCCCUGGACCCUGCCUCGCCUGCCUUCGCCCGGCCCGCGCCCCUGCACGCCUGGUUUGAUCACACGCUUCCAGUCACGGCGCUAGCGGCGGGCGCGGGAGAAGCGGCGGCAGUGGUGGCGAGCGCCUCGCUGGACCGGACCGUGAAGCUCAGGCGCAUGGCGGAUGGGAUGCUGUUGAGGAGUGUGGCCCUGCCGGCUGCCGUACAUGCGCUGGCUCUGGACGCAGGUGAGCGGUACCUCUACGCAGCCGGCAACGAUGGCGCCGUCUACGAAGUUCCCUUGCUGGGCGAUCCGGCGGUGAGUACCAGCGGCAGCGCUAGCAACGGCGCCACCAACGGCACGGCAGCGGCGGCUCAAGGCAACGGAGCCGACGGCGGCGCCUACCGGACAUUGCUGGGGCAUACCCGGCCCGUAACCAGCCUGGCGCUGGCGUCGUUAGGUCCCAGCAGUAGCAGCGGCGGUGGGGGCGGCGCGGGAGGCCCACGUGGCUACACCUCGGACGUGCUUGUGUCCGGUUCGCAGGACGGCAGUGUUCGGGUGUGGGAUCUGGGCAGCCGGCAGCCGAUUCAGAUCAUUUCCGCUCCUGGGAAAGCGGCCGUCAGCAGCAUCCUGGUGGUUCCAUAUCCCUGGCAAACGCUACAAACCGGCAGUCGGAGUUUGACGGGGACAGCGUCUGAGGCGGCCGCUGGGCCGUCGACCAGCAGCAGCAGCGGUGGCGGCAAGGCGGGACCCCAGCGACUGCAGCCCCUCGCACCGCUGUCUAAGUUCGCCGGUACCGCUGGGUCGCUGAAGCGCUGGGAGGGCGCGCCCGUCAUCGUGACAGGCAGCGAGACCUUCACCGGCCUCACCAGCUGUGGAGGGCCAGCAGGCGCAGGGGGGAGACACGGGCACUUGCUGCGGGCGGGCGCUCAGUUGGGGCUGCCGGCUGGCUUCGCAGCAACAGGCCAACAACUGCUGCUGACUGGGGAUGGGGGCUCCUGGUCUUCCGGGGCUGCUGCAACGGAGGGCGCCUGGGAAGCUGCGUUGCGGGGUGAUUCGUUCCCUCUACUCGGGUAGCGGCCGUGGCAAGCGUUUGAGUCGU